AUGACCACGCGCUCAUACAGGGAGGCAAUCGACUGCCUCAACUCUCUGCAGUCUAAUGCGGCUCAUAUUGAGGCUGCUCGGGCCGCCGGCAAUCGGAAUACGGAAACAGCUAUUGCGGAGAUGGUUGACUAUCUUGAGAGGAUAGGUUACAAGCAAGAGGAUCUUAACCGACUGAACGUCGUACAUGUUACUGGCACCAAGGGAAAGGGAUCUACUUGCGCUUUCACGGACUCUAUUUUGCGUCAUGCUCGACCGAAUUUGACAACUGGUCUUUACACGUCACCACAUCUUGUCGCCGUUCGCGAACGUAUUCGCAUCAAUGGUGCUCCCAUUUCUGAGGACAACUUCGCCAAGUUCUAUUUCGAGGUCUGGGACAGGCUAGAUGCCAAUACGGAGACCAAGUUCCCUGAAUCGGCACCCAAACCCAUGUACUUCAAGUUCAUGACGUUGGUGGCGUACCAUGUAUUCUUGAGCUUGAAGGUUGACGCGACCAUCCUUGAAGUCGGCGUUGGCGGUCGGUUUGACAGCACCAACAUUGUACCUAAGCCGGUCGUGACCGGCAUAUCUGCCCUCGGUAUUGACCACGUCACUGUUCUCGGAAAGACCAUUCCAGAGAUAGCGUGGCAGAAGGCGGGUAUAUACAAGGAAGGCGUUCCAGCCAUCACGGUGAACCAGCCUCAAGAUGGGUUGGAGGUACUGGAGAUGGAGGCCAAGAAGGUUAAGGCCUCGGAGUUUGUUAUCGCUUCUUCGGUGCACGACUUGGCCAGCAUAAAGCUUGGCCUUCCGGGUCUUCACCAGAGCCAAAACGCAAGGCUUGCAGUCGCUCUCGCACAAAAAUUUCUCGAACGCCAUGAUGGGGUCUCUCCAUCGACAUCGCUAUCGGCAGAAUUCGUGGAAGGGUUGCAGAAUACUAAGUGGCCUGGCCGCUGUCAGACUGUGUCUGACCCGCGCCACGCUUCGAUAACCUGGUUUUUGGACGGCGCUCACACUGUGGAGAGCCUUGAUUGCUGUAUGCAGUGGUUCGCUAGCGAAGAUGCAGCGCUGCGACCAACGGCUAUAUCGAAACGCCCUGAACGUAUUCUGAUCUUCAACUGCACGCACGGCCGAUCCGGCCAGCGCUUCUUGGGAUCGAUGAUGGUCAAGGCGGCGGAGCAACUGCAACUGCAUGGUUCUCAGGAAGCGGCCACGAGCCUCUUCGACCGCGUCAUCUUCUGUGCGAACGUCACAUACGCGGAUGGACACUUCAAGGGCGACCUUACCGCUGUCAGCAUUCCCGAAGACGAGCUCAAGUACCUAACAGUACAGCACGAGCUCGCGGACGCCUGGAGAGGGCUAGCUCCCGAUUUCCCGUCGGACAAUAUCCACGUCUUGCCCUCGAUCGAGCAUGCUAUCCGCCUUGUUCGUGGUGCAGAGGAGAAGGGAGAACCUGUAGACGUCCUUGUCACCGGCAGCCUUCACCUUGUCGGCGGCGUCAUUGAAGUGGCCGACUUAUCUGAUGUUGCUUUAUAG